AUGUCUUCGCCAUCACAAAUCCAUCAACGACGUGCUCGCUAUCCUCGCCCAACCUCCCUGGACUACGGCUCCGCUGCUUCUGCCGCCAUGGCGGCCACGCCGCGCCGAGCGGAGAGCCCCACCACUACCGACGAUGCUUCCCCGCCGGAUGGCAGCAUUGACGAGCCCCUAUUACCCGUGGAUGAGAGUCCGCGCGAGCACGUGGGAUUCCGGAAACGUUAUCCGGGACCGAGCGGCCCAGUACUAGAGGUUCCUAGCACGCCGCUUCUCGUUGCUCUUCCAGGGUAUAGCACGUUUAAGGGGGUGAGAGUGCUUACGAGCUUGAACCGGAAGAUGACCUUUGAGGAACCCGUGGAUGCAUGGCUGGGUGUGGAGUAUUCCAGGCAGCCAGUGAACGAAAGCCGAUUUGCGCCUCCUGACUGGCCCGAGCCGUUCAACGGGACGAAAGACGCAACCGAUUACGGUCCGAUAUGCGUCCAGGCCUGGUCCAACCCGACAACACAUUCCGAGGCUUGUUUGACCUUCAACCUGUAUCGUCCGGCUGGGAUUCAGGACGGGGCAAAACUUCCGGUCUUCGUUUUCCUGCAUGGCGGCGCGUUUGUUGAGGGAAGUGGGAAGAGUUUUGAUGGCGCGACUUUCGUCGCAAAGAGCCAGGAGCCGCUUAUCGUUGUUACGGUGCAGUACCGGAUAGGUGCUUUAGGGAGCCUGCCGAGCAAGUUGUUUGAAGAGGAGGGGUUGCUGAACCUAGGUGUGAGGGACCAGAGGAUGUUGUUAGAGUUUACGCAAAAGUACGUCUCGUACUUUGGAGGGGACCCCGAACGAAUUACGCUAGGUGGACAGAGCGCGGGCGCGCAUUCCGUCGGCAUCCAUCUCUUCCACAACUAUGGCGAUGACGAGGGAAAGAAGCUGUUCAGCCAGGCGAUUCUAGCCUCCGGGGCACCGACGGCAAGGUCUUUUCCUGCGGCGACAUACCCGCUUUACGAGCGCCAGUUUCAGCGCUUCAUGGACUAUCUCGACUGCCCCAUCUCGCCCAACUCCGAAGCGCUCUCGUGCCUUCGAAAUGCGUCAGUCUCAUCGAUUCAAUACAUUUCCAAAACCGUCUUCAAGGACUCGAAAUACAACAUCACAUGGCCCUGGCAACCCGCCUCACCCGGCCCGCUUCUCGAGAAGCGCGGUUCCAAAUCCGGCGAAGACGGCACCUUCUACAAGAUUCCGACCCUCAUCUCCUCCACGACCGACGAAGGAAAGUUCUUCGCGCCCAAGAAUCUGUCUACCGGCGAAGAAUUCACCGCUUUUGUUGCGAACAUGCUGCCUGGCCUUACGGACGACGACCUUGCUGAUCUAGACGCCCUAUAUCCUGACCCUUCGAAUGGAACAGGCCCCUACGCCGACCACACCGGCGCCUUCCAAUCCACGCAAUUCGAGCGCAUCGGUGCCGCCUAUGGCGACUACUCAUACAUCUGCCCCGUGCAGGAAACAGCACGCCUGCUCGCCGCAGCCGGUGCACCGGUCUACAAGGCGCGUUUCAACACGCCCAACUAUGCGUCUGCACACAUGGGCGUUCCGCACGCCUCAGACGCGCCAUAUUUCAACGGCGUCACGGACGUCGAGUCCCCAGAUAUUUCGGAGAUUUAUAGUAGCUAUUAUGCGAGUUUUAUCGUUAGCGGCGAUCCGAAUAAGUACGCAGUGGAGGGUGCGCCGGUUUGGGAUCGGUAUUGGGGGGUAGGGAGUGGCGAGUUGGCGGUGGGGAGCGAGGAGAGGGGUGGUGUGGUUAUGGAGGAGGAGAGGGCGGGGAUUAGGAUGGUGGAGUGUAGGUGGUGGAGGGAUCCGGAGAGGAUGAGGAGGUUGAAUAAGUGA